GGCUUUUAGGUAAGCAGUCGUCAUCAGCCUCAUCAGAUUGGCCCCAAGCUUUCCCUAAGCUCUUCAACUUCCGAACUACCUAUCAACUUUUCGAAGUCCGCCUUGCGAUCAGCGACGAGUCUUCAUCAACAUCGAACAACCGUUUCUAUAACCGACGCUACGAAUUUCCUUUCUCGCCCGCCCUAGCAUCAAUCAAUCGAAGAAGCCAUGGAGGAUGAUCGCCUCUGGAAGUUCCGCCGGCCGGAAUGGCUCAACACCGCUUGGGCGCGCAGCGCGGGAGUCUACUCCGCGGGUGCUCUGUUCUCGCUCGCGUUCUACAUCCUGAUGGACGCGGCGGUGUGGUCGAAGUCGGCGCUGAACGGGUCGGACGUGCACGUGACGUUCGUGGACUGGCUGCCGCUCAUCUUCUCGUCGCUGGGGAUGCUGAUCAUCAACUCGGUGGAGAAGGCGCGGCUGUCGGCCGACUCGUUCUCGUACUCGGGGUCGGGGGUGGCGUGGAAGGCGCGCGUGGUGCUGUUCCUGGGCUUCGCGGCGCUCGCGGGCGGCAUGGCGGGCGGCGUGACGGUUUUCGUCUUGAAGUUCGUCGUGCCCAACGUCGAGUGGCCGAUGAUGGGCAUGGGCGUCGAGAACGUGGUCGCGAACGGCCUCGUCAUGCUGAGCUCCGUCGUGCUCUGGGUCAGCCAGAAUAUGGAGGACGAGUACAGCUAUAACUUGUCGCUGUGAGGCGGGCGACCGAAACCCGGGAAGAACGAGGUCGACCGUUGAGGCCAACAAGUCGGGUGUGCUCGACCGAAAUGACUUACGCGAAGAAGCCGUAAGGCCCAAAAUCGAGCUCGAAAACCUAGGGA